AUGAUUAAGACGGAGAAGAUUUUACACCUGAAGAGCUGCCGCGGCCGGAAGGUCCGUGUGGUCCGGGAACACUAUCUGAGGGAGCGGGUCCCCUGCUACAGCGGUGUGUGUCAGGCGGACUGUGUGAACGAUGGUAAGGUUUUGCCAGAAGAUCUGACCCACUACGUGGUGCCCGAUGUUGGGGUGGUGGUGGACUACCUGGAGAUCUUGGAGUUCAGAGAGCUGCAGGGCAUCGUCUUCACCCAGACCGCCUGCCAGGCUGUGCAGCACAGCAAAGGACGCAGGCAGUACAACCGUCUGCGAAACCUGCUGAAAGACCCUCGACAUGACUGCGUACUGUUUGCCAAUGAAUUUCAAGAGUAUUCCUACUGUCUUCGAGAGAAGGGGGAGAGCCAAGAAAAGUGGCAGACCAGGUGUGUGUACUCUGCAGCAGUAUGGUACUAUAACCACCUGGCAGGCAUGAUGGACAUAGUGAUGAUCACGGAGGACCAGGAAGCCGUGGCGCAGUACAGCUGCCUCAACUCUGGAGUGUACGUCAUCUCCGUCCAGGAGUAUUUGCAAAACUUCUGGCCGGAGCUGCAGGCGGCCCAUGAGCUGUACAGCUCCAUUUCUCAGGCGCUACAAGAAAAGGAGGGCGAGGGCAAGGAGAAGGAGUACGCCGAACAUCUCCCGGCUGAAGUCCUGGAGGCUGGAAUCAAGUCUGGACGGUACAUUCAGGGUAAACUGAAAGUCAGCAAGCACCGUCCACAGACUGAAGCUUUUGUCAUGAUGGAGGGUUUUUCUAACAAGAGCACAGAAACGGGUUGGCGCGUGUUGGUGCACGGUGAUAAGAAUCGUAACAGAGCCACGGACACCGACGUGGUCGUGGCGGAGUUGUUGCCAAAGAGCGAGUGGAGAUGGAGGGCCACGGCCCUGACAGAGGGUCAGGGAGAAGAGAAGAGCGGAGAGGACAACGGGAGUAAGGCGCUGCCGACAGGCCGCAUCGUGGGGAUCCUGCAGAGGAACUGGAGGGACUACGUGGUAACUUUCCCCCCCAGGGAGGGAACGCAGUCCCAGAGCAGGAAUUCUCAGCGCAUCCUGGCUGUGCCCUGGGACCAUCGCAUCCCCAAGAUCCGCAUCAGCACUCAGCAGGCUGAUGCUCUCCAGGACCACAGAGUGGUGGUGCGCAUUGAUUCGUGGGAAAGCACGUCGUUCUACCCCAAUGGCCACAGCGUGCGGGUUCUGGGUCGGGCUGGAGAGCUGGAGACGGAGGUCCAGACCAUCCUCAUAGAGAACUGCAUCAACGAGCUUCUGUUCUCAGAUGCACAGCUGAGAGAGCUGCCGGCCAACUCUCUCGACAACCCGUGGAAGGUGGAUCCCGCCCAGGAGGCGGAGCGGCGGGACCUCAGGGAGAGUCACCUGGUGUUCAGCAUCGACCCAAAGGGCUGCGAGGACGUGGACGACACGCUGUCGGUGCGCAGCCUCGCCGGCGGGGAGGUGCUUGAACUGGGGGUCCACAUCGCCGAUGUCACCCACUUUGUCACGGAGGGCUCACUCACCGACUUGGAGGCACGGAGCAGGGCUACGACCUACUACCUGGCGGACCGCAGGUACGACAUGUUGCCCGCUGUUCUGAGUGCAGACCUCUGCUCUCUGCUGGGAGGAGUCGACAGGUAUGCGAUGAGCGUGCUGUGGGAGCUCGACGCUCACACCCUCAAUGUCAAGGACGUGUGGUACGGUCGCACAAUCAUCCGCUCCUCCUACCAGCUCCACUACGAGCUGGCCCAGGCGCUCCUCGGCGGAGAGCGCGCCGAGGUACCGGAGCUGGCCCAGCUCGGCCCUGACGAGAAGGAGGCCAAGCUGGCCCAGCUCACCCGGGCUCUGAAGAUGCUCACGGACGUAGGCAGACACCUCCGAGCGCAGAGGGACAGAGGAGGGGCGCUGGAGCUGGAGGGGUUGGAGGUGCGUGCCCAGCUGGACGAGGAGAGGAACAUCACAGCCCUGGUCCCCCGUCAGCCCCUGGAGGUCCACGAGACCGUGGCCGAGUGCAUGAUUUACGCCAACCACUGGGUGGCGCGCAAGAUCCAGGAGAUCUUCCCUCAUCAGGCCCUGCUGAGGUGUCACCCGCACCCGCAGCAGGAGCUGUUCGGCCAGCUGGUGGAAGUCGCCAGGGCCAAGGGAUUCACCAUCGAAACUGGGACCAACAAGGCUUUAGCUGACUCCCUGGACCAGGCUGUGGACCCACAGGACCCGCUGGUGAACCGGCUGCUGAGAAUGAUGACCACCCAAGCCAUGCCACAGGCUCUAUACUUCUCCACUGGUGCUCAGUCCCGAGACCAGUACUACCACUACGGUCUGGCUCUGGACCGCUACACGCACUUCACCUCACCCAUUCGUCGCUACGCCGACAUCAUCGUCCACCGCCUUCUUAUCGCGGCCAUCGCCAUGGAAACGGGAGCGGGACCCGGCAAAGCCUUGGCCAGUAACAAAGAACUGCAAGAAAUGGCUCGGCAUAUCAACCAGAGGAACUUGGCAGCAAAGCAAACGCAGAAGUUGUCCAUCGAGUUGUUUCAGUGUCUCUACUUCAAGGAAAGAGACCCUCAGACGGACGAGCGCUGCGUUGCCGACGCCGUCAUCUACUCCAUCCUAGACGACGGCGUGUUGGCGUUUGUCCCAGAGUAUGGCGCGAGGGCGCCCGUGUAUAUGAAGAACCGCGAGGGCCAGGUGGUGUCCGCGGGACAGGACGGCAGCUGCGAGUGGCAGAGCGGCUCGGUGCGACGAUACCCGGACCGCGUCACCACCACCUCCAGCCGCGGCACCUCCACCUUCAGGCUGUUUGACCACAUCACUGUUCGUAUCUCUGUCCAAUCCACGCAUUGUCACGCAGACCGUUUAAACUUCGAGGUCAUCAGCAACAAGCCUUACCACAGCGCCGGGUCCCAGCAGCCGCGCUCCCAGGGCCGCAGCCAGCUGGUCCAGGAGGUGGUGCGUCUGGCCGAGGAGGCCUACCAGCAGGCCCAGGAGAAGGCGGCCCGCCGCCCCAGAUUCUCCACAGAGGAGAGGGAGUUCUGCCAGAGCAAAACGCCGAACCUGUACUCGCUGCUGGAGGAGGUUAGAGAGCUGGCUCUGAUGGACCUGGAAAUGGUUCCUCAGGUCUGCGCAACAACAGCAUAGAUCAGCUGUGAAUCAUGUUAACGGACGCAGAAAAGCCUGAUGGGUUUGUGAACAUCUCACGGACGUAACAUUUGUUCAUGGAUAUUUACUGAUAACAUGAACCUAUAUCAGAGCAGCCCGGAGCAGAAGAGGCUUUUCUCCUCCACAAAUAAACAUUUCUCCAGUCAUUUUUUAAAAUCAUCAUUUCGAUGGCAGAUUUGUAAUUAUUCAUUAUCUGUAUACUUUCUAUCAUCUCAACAAGGGCAGGUUUGAUGAUGCGAGGUGGUGGUGGUGGGGGGGUAAUCGGCCGAUUCUUUGGACAUUUUUCAUGUCGUUAGCCCGAAGGUGAAGACAUGACCGGAGACAUUGGUAAUAACAACAAUAGAAAAGAAGUGUAGUUAAAGUCACAGUAAUUACAGAAUUGUUCACAUUAAGAUGUGGAGUCACGGAUGAGACUGACUGGUGAAGAGAGUGUACACACUGGGACUUUACAUUUUAAUAAAAAUUGUGGCACUUUAAUAACCUACUGAUACAAGUCAACAGAUACUAAUACAUGAAUCAGGACCAAUUUUGAGAGUAAAAACUUAUGUUUACUCAACCAAGCACCAAAAUGAGCAUCUGAUUUGGGCACACUUCAUGGGUAUUCAUAACAAAGUACGUCAGUGUUUAUCGGUGUAUCGCCCCGAGUGAUGCUGGAUUUUCUGAGGCUGAUACCAGUAUCAAUAUUUGAGGGUUAAAAAGGUCCCAUAACAACAUAUCUGCCAAUAUUUGCUUUUUAACAAACAUUUUCUGAAAAGGAUCCAUUGAAUCUGGUUAUUAAAAAGCUGAGCUUCAUUAAUUUGCUCAUUCUUUAUUUAGUGUUUGCCUUAGUUAUGAUUCAUGCAUUAGUUUCAGUGUUAUUGUAGCUUGUAGAAUUUAUUCUGUAAGAGUGUUUUGCUGCCUGAGCGUGACCGCUGUUUUGUAAUUAAAGCUGUAUUGACCUA